AUGAAGUUUACAACUCUAGGAUCCAUCGCGUUUGUUGUUGUCCUCUUGGCAUCAAUGGCUCCGAUCAAAUCUGAACUUCAAUCUACCAAACCACCUUGCCUCACGAUUGAUAUCACAGGAUGCUUUCCAGGCAUAUUCAUUGGAGGACCAAUAUCUCCACAAUGUUGUCAGACUCUGAAAGUACAACAACCAUGUUUUUGUGAUUUCAUAAAGAAUCCAGCUUUAAAGCCAUAUAUUACUUCUCCUCAAGGUCGUUUGGCUCUACUGUCUUGUCGUAUUCCUUUUCCUACUUGUUGA